AUGGGAACGGACAAGCUCUACCGCGGGCGCUGGUGUUUCCAGGGCCAAAACGGAGGCCCCCAUGCGGCAUUUAAGCGCUUGCCAUUCAAUUUCUGCUCUCUCUCCCUCCAGCCAUUUGCGCACCCGGUCUGCACACCUACAGGAACGAUUUUCGACCUCACAAACAUUCUCCCAUGGAUCAAGAAACAUGGAACGAACCCGGUGGAUGGAUCACCGUUGAAGAAUUCCGAUUUGAUCAAGCUAACGAUCGCGAAGAACGAGGAUGGUGAUUAUGUUGACCCAGUCACUUACAAGCCCUUGACGGAUAAUACGCAUAUUGUCGCUCUGCGCAACACGGGAAAUGUGUUUUCUUGGGAUACAGUGGAUCGACUAAACAUCAAAGGGAAGCUGUGGCGCGAUCUGGUCACUGACGAAGAAUUCAGCCGCAAGGACAUCAUUACCCUGCAGGACCCGCAGAACAUCGAGUCUCGCAACCUGAGUUCGUUCAAUUACUUAAAGGAAGGUGAAACUCAAUCUGUGGACGACAACAAACCCUCGGGGAGUGUCAAUGCAAACGCGCUGGGGAGUUCAGCUAAGAUCUUGAAGGCGAAGGAGGCAGUGGCCAAAGCACGCGCCGAGCGCGCACAGCAGCAGGCUGGCUCUGCUGGCUCUACAGCUAUUUCUAAGGCCGGCACGGCUGGUUCGGCUCUGUCAAAGCCGGGCCAGUCCCAGCCGGGGAAGCCUACACCCUAUAACGCAGCACGAUUCACGACGGGCAAGGCCGCUGCCUCCUUCACCAGCACUGGCUUGACACCUCACACGUCAGCCGAGUUGGCACUACUGUCUGAGGAAGAGUAUAUGCUGAAACGGGGUCGGAUCAAGGCCAAGGGUUAUGCUCGGAUUGAUACUACCGCUGGACACUUGAACGUGGAGCUCUAUCCUGAGCAGGCCCCCAAAGCCGUGUGGAAUUUCAUCCAGCUUGCCAAGAAGGGCUACUACAAGGACGUCACCUUCCAUCGCAAUAUCAAGGGUUUUAUGAUCCAGGGCGGCGACCCUACUGGUACUGGACGGGGUGGCGAGAGUAUUUGGGGCAAGUACUUUGCCGACGAGUUCGAGGGGCCAUUGAAGCAUGAUGGGCGCGGCACCCUGAGUAUGGCCAACAAAGGAAAGAACACGAAUAGUAGUCAAUUCUUCUUCGCCUACCGAGCUCUCCCGCACCUCGAUCGCAAGCACACCGUCUUCGGGCGACUCAUUGACGACCCGACGCCGUCAUCUGCCACCCUCAACCGACUGGAAGCCAACCCUGUGGAACCAACCACGAAUCGGCCGACGCCGGAGAUCCGUAUUAAGGAAGUCACAAUCUUUGUCGACCCUUUCGAAGAUUUCUUAAAGAAGAAACGCGCCGAAGACACUCACGACCCCACCUCAACGGUCGACGAAAGUGAGGCUUCCCGUCGCGAGGAUGCCGACCAGAUCACUUGGACUGGGAAACGUGUACGUGGGCCCGGUGCGAACGAGGACAGCGGAUCCACCGGUGUUGGAAAAUACCUGAAAGCUGCUUUGGCCGAUCGUGACGAAGAUGAAAUCGUGGAGUUUGUGGACGAGCCGGAGCCGGAGCCUGAGCCUGCUCGCAAGAAGGUCAAGGGCGUGGGGGGAUUCGGAGACUUUAGCUCAUGGUAG